GGACAUGCGCAGUUGAUCAGCUGUUAGCAGCUGCGUUGUCAACCAAAAGACAGGCGUGAUUGUUUUUUUUCUGUUUUUAUWUUUGAGUUUGAGUCUAUAUUCUUUACAAAUGGCUGGUACUGCGUUAAAAAGACUGAUGGCUGAGUAUAAGCAGCUGACUCUAAACCCACCCGAGGGGAUCGUUGCAGGCCCUGCAAAUGAAGAGAACUUCUUUGAGUGGGAGGCUUUAAUUAUGGGUCCUGAGGACACGUGUUUUGAGGGKGGAGUAUUCCCAGCCCUCCUCUCCUUCCCGUCGGACUACCCCCUCAGCCCUCCUAAAAUGAGGUUCACCUGUGACAUGUUUCACCCAAACAUUUACCCAGAUGGCCGUGUGUGUAUCUCUAUCCUGCACGCUCCAGGAGACGACCCAAUGGGAUACGAGAGCAGUGCUGAGAGAUGGAGUCCUGUCCAGAGUGUGGAGAAGAUCCUACUGUCUGUAGUCAGCAUGUUAGCAGGUCAGUACUGAGAGAUCCUACUGUCU